CGCGUGUAGUUGCCGCGCUCUUUCGAAAAGUUCCGACUUUCAAAAUUGACAUUCCGUCAUAAAAUUGAUUUUUUUUUCUCGAGUUGACACUGUCUUAAAAGUUCUGAAGACUCUUGAUAGUUAAAUGAUGCUGGCUAGCGAGCCACCUUCCAACCGGAUUCAUACCGGUGGAGGGAUAUCUGUUCGAGUCAAUGGAGCCACUAUUGAGCCGAAAGAUCCGUCAAUUGACAGCUCAGCCAAGCGACUUAGUGGUAACGUUGGCAACGAUGAUAAAACGGAGAAUCCUUCCGAAUGGGCUAAGGCUACUAUUACUUGGCGCAGUGGAGCGCAGCACGAUGCAGACUCCAAUUCAGAGCAUCGAAGCAGCAACGCUUCCUCAUCAGUAGAUAUCAGUGGACCUACGCCGCAACUGGUGCACGUGAUUUGUGUGAAGACACCUGAAGAUCCCUUACUCCCAGAGGGAGGGAUGGACAAGAGCAUCAAUGGAGCUCCUUCAACAGUCAACAAGGCCAAAAUUCACGUGUCUGCCAGCCCGAAUGGGACUUUCAUGAACAAGAAAGUAAACUAUUGCAAAGACAAAAUUUCUGUGAUGGUUGGAUCCCCCAUCAACCAUAUAAUUAAAGCAGAAGAUGAAAGGAGUAGCAGUGGGGCUUCCAGUGCCCCUGGAAGUGAUUGUGAACGAUCGGAUUCGGAUAGGGAAGCGGAUGAUGGUACCGACUCCGGAUUUUCUCCUUCCAGAAGUCGUUAUACAAGACUUAGUGUGAAUACCAACAACUCAGGUGCUUCCGCGUUGUCACCUAAUGGUGAACUGCACAACCAAGGUGCUGUGAAAAAUAACGUUGUUUGCAAUGGCAAAGGAAACAACGUGAGACUUACAAUUGCUUCAUAUACAGAAAAAGAAACGGAAAAUCAAAAUACUGUAAACAAUGGUGAUCCAUGGGAUAUGCAAUUCCAUUUACGUGAAUUUGACUCGAUUCCGACGGAUAAAAAAACUGAUUCUGAAGAUGUCCAGAGCAAAAUUUCGGCAGCACAUGCUUUACUAUCAGGACAAGGUAGUGGGACAUUUUGCCUGAAGAAUCGAGUUCGUUCCAGCAUCGUUUCUCUCUUGGUACAGUCAGCUUCAAAUAGAAAUUAUGACCAAGAAGAAAUGGGUCGGAUAGUCUUUUACACAACGUCUAUGGGCAUCGUCCGAACUACCUACGAACGAUGUCGAAAAGUUCGAAAAAUUUUAGAGACUCUGAUGGUAAAGUUCGAAGAAAGGGAUGUGUUUAUGAACAGAGGAUUUCAACAAGAAGUCAGAGAGAGGUUGGGCAUAACUCGAGUCAUCGUGCCCCAAGUUUUUGUUGAAGGCAGACACUUAGGGAGUGCGGAAGUUGUAGAACAGCUGAAUGAAAUUGGCCAUUUAAGAGAGCUUUUACGUCCAUACAAGAGACAGUCUGUUGGAGGCAUUUGCCAGCAGUGUGGAGGUUACAGAUACCUGCUUUGCCCCGUGUGUGGUGGUAGUAAAAAAUCUGUUACGCAUCGACACCAUUUCUCAGAAGAUCUUGUGGCUCUUCGUUGUGUAACGUGCGAUGAAAGUGGCUUAAUUCGAUGCCCUCAGUGCAUUAAUGGCGAGGCUUAAGUUGCUGUAUCAGCAAAGGAAUUCUCAAUUCAUCGUCAAGAAUGCAGUUGUAAUUUGUUACUUACAAAGCAAUUUACCAUAAAACAACGGAUAUUAUUUUACUACUGACGGCUUGAUGAUUCCUACUUUCGAUGGAAAAUGAAGCUUACGUGAAAUGCCAAUUACUCUUCAGGGUUUCAGAAAAAAACACCACACCUGCACUGUUAAAAAUUGCACCGCCGACGCAUCGCUGAUUUUUAUGGUAAUUUAUACCGGAGAAAUAAGCGAUCCCAGCGCCAACUGGUUGCUGUGGCCUACCGAGGAAACCGUAAAAUUUUACAGUAACAUUUGAUUUUUACGGUAAUAGUUACUGGCAACAUGGAUGCCAGUAACAAUUACCGUAAAUUUUCCGGAAAAUUUUUAACAGUGUGCGCAAUAUAUUUCAGAUUUGUGCGUUUCUAUUAUGUACUAACAUCUUGGAGGUUUUUGAUUUGUCUCACCAGAGCUGACCUUGCUUUAUCAUACUUUAACAGGAACUGCUACGAUUGUUUUGAACAAUCUUUUCAAUUGAAAUACUGUACAUAAUACCUUGUGCUCAAAUGUAUACUAUUAAUUUAGGUAAGCUCCUGCGUUUUUCGUUUUAAACGCGAACUAGAAAUACUGCGAUAUUUUGUGCGAAGAGACUGACUUGUAUAGAACUUUCAUAAAUCAUGUGUUCAAUAUUUAUGGAACUUUGGGCAUUAACAUUGAAAACUAAGGCUUGACGCCCGAAUAAAAUGUCUGGAAAGACCUAAAAUAAAACCGAGUAACGGAGAGAAGUACUUUCUCUGUAAGUUCACUUGGAAUUUUUUUCUUUAAAUCCAUCUGAAAACAUUUUUAAGUACAUCAUAGCAUAUUAUGUAUGCAACUUCAUGCACACCGGUACGGUUUGGAUUUGCAAAAAAAAAGUGACUUAAUCAUAAUGGAUAGUUACACUUACAACUUAAGCAUGAAAAUGUAAAAGUCAAAUAGCAUUUUAUAUGAGCUAAAACUAAGAGCAAACUCCAGCAACACCGUUUCUACAUUCUGAAAUUAUUUCAAAUGUGUCAUACAAUCAAACCUACCAGGAAGAUGUGUAUGCAGCGGAUUUGCAAAUGAGUGUUUUACUUCUAUAUUUUAAUGAAACUUUGUAUUAGAACACUGGACUAUUCUCCUGUGGACUGCUUUAAAAUAUAUGUUUUUAGUCAUAAAAUGAUAGACCAAUCUUAUUUAAACAGCUAUUGGAAUUUAGUCGCUACUUUAAAUAAUCUGAAAAUAUUGAAAACGGUUUUCAAGUUGAGUUGCCCAUUAUUUUUGAUAGACAAAAAAAAAAAAAAAGAAAGAAAGAAAAAAAGUGUUUCCGACGACAAAUUAAAAAUUUUAAAAUCAAGGAUUGCAGUUUUUGAAAGUGGGUUAUUAUUAUUCUUUUGAAAAUUAUUUUUCCUUUUCGAUAACUCCAUGAUCCUGAAAUUUACUGUUUUGCGUAAACUUCAGAUUACCUUUGCAGAUUUUUUAUUACACUAAAUGUGCGAAACGAACACUAAUAAAUCGGAACACUGCAACAGUUUUACCAGUAUAUACUCAAAGCAAUCCACAAGAAAUGUAUUGUAUAUGCAGUACUAUAUUUGCAUAAUUUUAACAUAAAAUGAAACUAUUUUAUAAUGUAAAAAGCACGUGGAAAAAGUAUAAUUAAAUUAUCAAAGAUAAACAACAACAACAAAAAUAAUAACGGUUUUAUCUAUUUACGUAUAAGAAAGUAACCAAGUCGAAGUGGAAAUAAAAGCUAGAAGAAAAUAAAGGAAAAAUAUAUUUUUUGAAGUAUUUUAAAAUAAUGGCAAUGGAUCUCAUGACUCGGUAUCUACCAAUCAGAAAGAAAAUCAAAGGAACGAACACUUAACUAAGUGUAUUAACUAAAUAAACAACAAGAGCUUAAUGGUUACGAAAUAAAAUUUAUUUUUUAUAUAUACCACAAAAUGUUACAAUGUCUAAAUCAAGUUUUUAAAGUUUCAAGUUUUUAAAGUAAGGCACCUAACUUGUAUUGUUAGGUUCCUUAACCUUUAGAUGUAACUGUUUUUUGAUUGGAAUCAACAGCACGUUUAAUAAUAUACAUAUCUAGUUAAAAUAUUACCCGGGUGGUGGUGACGAAAAUAUUUUAAAACAUCUUACACUUUCAAUGUGUUUUACAUUCCACUACUUUAUUAUUUCUUACAAGACAGUGCAGAAAAUGCAAUUUUUGUAGCAAAUUCCAUGUGUUAGGUGACAUCAUAUUUGUUAAAAAGUGCGUCAGAUGAGUAAAAAUACAUUGCUAAUGAAAAACAUUACAAAAACAAACUAAUUCCUCACUAUACCAUAACUCUUUAUACUAAAGAAAAAGUUAAUAAAAUUUCGAUAUUUUUUGGGAAAAUUCGGAACUUUAUGACUUGUAAAAAUAUAAAUAUUAAAAUAUAUCUUCCCAUUUUCAAGCUCUAUCUUAAGAGUAUUCUUAUACCUAGAAACCAAAAGAAGGCAACUUACAAAGAGACAUUGCAGACUUGUUUUUCCAGAAAAAAAAUGUUUGGUACAUUCUUACUAUCGAGGGGGCUGAAUCCUAUGGCGAGGGUAAAAUUUUCAGCCUCCAUUAUGUUUUCGAUUUCGUACAACGAAUUCGCAUGAAAAAGCAUACACCUCAUGAACGGGAUAGUGAUUGAAUUCUUAUCAUCGGAUUUAGCUCUUUCGAUACAUAUAAAGCCUCAUGUUUAAUUUGGGUGGAGUGGAGUCCGUACCGUUCUCUUGUUAGUCUUGUUAGUAAUGUUUAAUUUUGUGUACUUUAAAACUAGACAAAUAUAGUUUGAUCUUUGAAAACAUGAAGAUGAACUAAAGAAAUAAAAUGCGAACAUAAAAAAACCCACUUUUUAGUCGCGCGACAAGUAUUAUGAUGCUUAAAAGUAAAGAGAAAUGUGUUGCUUGUUAAAUAUAUGUCGUAUUAAGACCUCAAUUUUUCACCACGUGACAAAUAAUCAAAAGCUUAAGAGAAUGAAGAAAAACAUAUCUCUCGUUAAAUAUAAUUUCCGUAGCUUAAAUCAUACAACAGAUUUUACUUUAUUUGGAUUUAAUAUUAAACGACAAUGUCGAGGAUACAUUUCAUACUUGUCAUUAGAUUGAAUCAUAUAGUCCAUCUUUUAAGGAAAACAUGCGAUGUGCAAUUCAAUAAAUGUCUAAAGAAAAGAAAAACUGCGUGAACUUAAGCAGCGUAACUCUUCUAUAUUCCAGUCAGGUUAAAAGAAGAGAAAAUGUGAUUUCAGAAGAUUAUUUGCUUCAUCCUCAGCUAAGCAAGAAUGAGGAAAAGUCAGUCUUACGGAUACUUCUUGUUUUAUUCUUUUGCUGGGAAGGACCGUAAGAAUUCGGUUCGUUUAUAAAAGUUAUUUAUGUCUAACUUUAAAUGCCAAAUGAAAUGCAAGAAUAUAUGUACUACUACUUAAAAUUUACAGCACAGGUUUAGGAAUAUAUUUAUGUAAUGCGCAUAAAAGAAUGAUUUAUUGUUUCUAAGUCGGACUUAUGAAGCUUUGAUUAUGUUUUUCAGUAUUUGUUUAAGCAUUUGGGACUAAAGUAUGCAGAAUUAUUCAUUAAAUUAUGUUUAUAAUUUUUUAUUUUAUAAAUUAUAUAUGUAACUACCAAUAUCAAAAUGUUUUCCAGUUCAUAGAAAACUAUGACAUCCAAAAUACGGACAUGAUAUAAAUAACUAUGUAAUGACUUUUUCUUUAAUUUUCAGUUUGGAAGUUGUAUAACACCAACUUUGAAAAAUUAUCGCAACUAAAGCUAUCCCAAAAUGGAUUUCAAUACACGCUAUUGGCAUACAUGUGUAUUUUAGUGAAGUAAUUUGAAUUUUCGGCUGAUUUUUUUUUCUGAAGAAAAGGUAAAAAAUUGGAUAUAAAUGCUAAAUUGAAAACCACUUAUUGAAAUUUAAUACUUUGCUGUAAAUCAACGAAAUUUUGCCUAUUCUUUUUUAAUCAUUACUUUUUCAUGUUUUUGCCUUUAGUUAAUCUAAUAGUCAGCAGCAUAUCCAUACUUGAACUAUUAAGUAACGGUAUUAUUUAAAAUUCAUAAAAAUAGAAAAAAGGAACUAAUUCUAAAGUUAUAUUUUUAUACGAAACAAGAGCUAUAGAGGACAAUUGCUCAAAAAGAGCUUUGUUAGAAGAAAUUAAAUUUUUUUCUUUUAUAUAAAGAAUAAAUAUAGUCUCUUCGAAAAUGAUAUUUUCUAACACUUGCAUUAACAUAGUUUUAUAACAAAUAUGCUUCGCAUUUCAAAAAAAAAAAAAAAAAAAAAAAUGGAAAAAGACGAUAGCAGGUCGGGUUUUAUUAUUAUUUUUUUUUUCAUACCUCACCUUCCUCUUUUGAUGGCAGAAAUGUAUUUCAGUGGAACCUUGUUAUUCCGAUCCGCGAAUCCCACGCAUGGGCUGUGGUUUAAAUGAUGAGCAAUACGUGCAUGCCGGUAUAAUCACUUAUUUCAAUUAUGAUCAGAUCGGUAUGAAACUUAGUUCUCCCGGCAGUACUCUGGGGUACUUCAUGCUCGGCCUGUUCAGCCAAACAAAACAUUAAAAAAUACAUUAAUUCAAACAUUAAGCAGUACGCAAUAUUUUAUGCGUGUGAAACAACUUCCAUGUUUUGUAGUUUUAAUAAGCUAAUUUUUAGCGCCUGCGAGUGUUGUGACAUUUUAUAGGACUGUUUAAUAUUUUCCGAAUAAAGUUGCAUCCUGUGCUAUAUAAUAUUAGACAAAUACUUCUAACAAAUCAGUAAUGCUUCAGAAACUUCACACUAUUGAUUCAAAAACGUUGAAAUUGGAAACUCGUUUUCCAGAAAAAAAAUACAACACAUCAAUUUCAGGUUUUUGCACAGUUUUAACCGCAUACUUUCUGAUAACUCGUACGCUGUGACAAUUGGAAAUGGAAACUGUCCGUUAGUACGGAAUAACGAUGUUCCACUGUAUGUUUGAAACGUGCAUAAAGCAUUUUUUUCAACUUAUGCAAGUGAUGUGUAUGGGUAUAGUUUUCGAAGAGAACUGGCCUCAGUUCCAGCAACUUCUAGAAAACUACAACAACUGAAUUCAAAUCACAACUUUCAAUUUAUUGAAUGCCUUAAAUUAAAUUAAUAUCAUACUGUAAAACUGUUCGAUUUACUUUUUCUAAUUACACUAAAAUAAGUAACUAUUCAAAUCUAUCACCCACCGGUUGAUACUUUGUGCAUUGUACUUACCGCCAUAUUUGUUGUGUUAAUAAUAAAGGACUUAUGUGCCUGA